GGAUAUGAAAAUGCUGAUAGAACUGUAUCUUUACUAGUGCUAUAAAAAUGCCAACUUUCCCCUGCAAUUUAAUGUUUCUUGAAUUUCCAAAUCUUUGUAUAUGAUCUCAUUCUGUUCUAAGAGACCAAGUCUUUCUGCUUAUAGGAAGAAAAGGAUAUGGCUCGGAACAUUUGAGACAGCAGAGGAAGCAGCAAGAGCAUAUGAUGAAGCAGCAAUCUUGAUGAAUGGUCAAGUUGCAAAAACAAACUUCCCAAUAGUAAAGGAGAAUCAUGGUAACAACAGUAAUGACAAGAAAUUCCCCUUAUCUUCUGCAUCUACACUGUCCACUGUGCUCAAUGCAAAGCUGAGGAAAUGUUGCAAAGAUCCAGCACCUUCCAUGACCUGUCUGAGGCUCGAUAACGAUAAUUGUCACAUUGGAGUAUGGCAAAAGAGAUCAGGAAAAAAUUCAGGCUCUAAUUGGAUAACAAAAAUUGAGCUUGGGAAGAAGGAGGAGCCUCAUCAGAGCCAUGACAGUAUGAAUUCUUGGUCUCUAUCAUCAUCCUCUGGUUCUACAUCCUCUUCAUCUUCUUCUGAACUUGGAAUUAGUAAGCCGUUGGAUGAAGAAAACAGAGCUGCUAUGCAGAUGGUUGAAGAGCUACUCAAUUGUAAUUCUCCAUUUUCUUCUGCACCUAUUAGUGAUCUCUCUCCCUCUUUUUCCAACUUUAAAUGAUAGCAUCAUAGCAAAUGUGGGAUGUAGUACAUAGUUAAUUAGGUAUCCUUAGACCAGUUAUAGUAACCCCCCCCCCCCCACCAACCCCCUUCUUUGAAGGUGUCUUCCCUAAAUACCAUAAUCUACAAUAAUAGGGCCUAAAAAAAGUUGAAUAUUCAACUGGCCAUAUCUCACUCCUUAUAUGAUCAGAUGUAUGUAUAUGAAGAUGAGUAAUAAUACUACCAUAAAGUGGCUGAUUUCUUAAUUAAGCUCAUUUAAUCCUAUAACACAAAAUAGAUUGCAUGAAUUGCUCCAAGAACCUUCUUUUAUAUCUUGCAGACUUGAUAUUUCUACCAUUUUCCCCUAA